UCCAAGUUCCAAACACCACUUCCUGCUCCAGCACCGACUUCGCCGGCGACCUAACAAUGGUCGACGUUUACCACCGGCCGACGCUCCCGCACGGCCUCCCGCGCCAUCCUUACCACGCCGCCGGCCUUCGCCGCCUCUCCACCCGCGCCUCGGCACCCAGUACCCCGGCUCCUCCAUCUCCCUCCGCAGCGGCGCCCUCCUCCGCGGCGGUUCUCGCUCACCUCGCUGCGGCCGGGGUGCCCGUCCUCCCGGGCCUCUCCGCAACCGAGCUUGCCCUCGUGGAGGCCGCUCUCGGUGGCGUCCAGCUCCCGCCCGACCUCCGCGAGCUCCUGGCGCUGGGCGUGCCCUCGGGGGACGACUUCCCGCACUACCGCUCCUCCGCGGGGCUCCGCCUCCUCCGCUUCGCCGCGCAAGAGGUCCCCGCCGCGGUCGCCGCGACGCUGCUCCUCGCCCCCGGCCGACGCGCGGGGCGGCCUCCGCCUCCCCUCGUCCCGCUCUGCGGCCGGCAUUACGUGCCGGCGACGCCCUGCCUCGUGGGAAACCCGGUGUUCCACGUGUCCAACUCCGGCGUGACGUUCGCGGGCGCCAACGUGGCCGACUUCCUCCUCCGCGCCUUCGCCGCCGAGGCCGAGCCGCCGCCGCUCCGGCGCCAGCUGUCCGCGCCGGUGACGCCGUCCCCCGCGACGCCGUCGAACACGGCGCGCCGGAGCCUGGACUCGGUCACCGGCAGGGCUCCGCGCUGGAUCGAGUUCUGGAGCGACGCCGCCGCGGCCGGGGACCGUUUCCUGGAGGUCGUCCCGACGGGCGCCACGACCACGAACACCUCCGCGGGGCCGGAGCCGGAGUGGCUGCGGCGCAUCCUGGAGCAGGCAGGCUCCGCGCUGACGCGGGGCGGGUGGGACGCCGGCGACGUGGAGGAGAUGACGGGUCCCAACGGCGAGGCGAACGUGGACGUGGCAUUGGCGCUGACGGUGGACCGGUGGUGCGGGGAGCUGAGCAGGGGACGGUGGGGCGCGGAGGAGGUGGUGGAGAUGCUGGGGCCGCUGCUGGGGCCAAGCAGGAAGGCGCGGCGGGCGGCGGUGGCGCUGCCGCCGGACGUGGCUGCGCGGGUGGGGCGGCUCGCCGAGGCGGUGUCGCGGGCGGUCGGGCCCCGUGGGGGUGGCCGAUCGAAACCCCCGAGGCCAUUUUGA